GAUUGCCGUUCUGAUAGAUUCAGGAACGCACGAUUACCAUCAAAAUUUUGGCAGUCGAAGUUGCGGUAAAGAUUCGCAGUAUUGAAAUGUUGCGGGCGGUGAAAUUUCAUUAAAAUCAAGUUUUUCUAAGAAGAUCUUCGCUCGAACGAACGGGAUCAAAUUCAGUGUCGCCUCUUCCCUGGAAACAUUGUAAUUUUCUGUUCUUUUUGUUGAAUCGGAACGUAAAAAUAUUGAGAACAGCAACUGUAACCGGCUGUGAAAAAGUUUUCAAUCAUGGCUAAUGUCUCUUAUCAAAUUGCUAACUUGCUGGAGAAGAUGACCUCCAGCGAUAAGGACUUUAGAUUCAUGGCAACUAAUGAUCUGAUGAGCGAAUUACAAAAAGAUAGUAUCAAAUUGGACGAUGACUCGGAGCGCAAAGUUGUGAAAAUGCUUUUAAAGCUAUUGGAGGACAAGAAUGGAGAAGUACAAAACCUUGCAGUAAAAUGUUUGGGCCCAUUAGUCAAUAAAGUAAAAGAGUAUCAAGUGGAAACUAUCGUAGAUGCGUUGUGCAGUAAUAUGGUGUCGGACAAGGAACAGUUGAGGGAUAUCUCCAGUAUCGGAUUGAAGACUGUAAUCUCUGAACUUCCUUUGGGAUCCAGUGCACUCGUUGCAAAUGUUUGUAAACGAAUAACUGGUCGUCUGAGCAGUGCUAUUGAAAAACAGGAAGAUGUGUCUGUACAGCUCGAGGCCCUCGAUAUUGUCGCUGAUUUACUGUCUCGAUUUGGUGCUUUACUAGUCACCUUUCAUUCUAUCAUUCUGGCUGCUCUGUUACCACAACUUUCCUCUCCGCGUCAAGCAGUUCGAAAACGUACCAUAGUAGCGUUGAGUCAUCUUUUGACUUCGAGUAACAAUUACUUGUACAAUAAACUUCUGGAUCAUUUACUCGAAGGUCUUUCCACUCAGACUGCUAAAAAUGUGGUGCGCACGUACAUACAAUGUAUCGCUUCUAUUUGUCGUCAGGCGGGACACAGAUUCGGGGAACAAAUAGAGAGAGUGAUGCCGUUAAUCUUACAAUACAGCAUGGACGACGAUGACGAAUUGAGAGAGUAUUGUUUGCAGGCUUUCGAAUCUUUUGUAUACAGAUGUCCCAAAGAAAUUACUCCACAUAUAAAUAAAAUCAUAGACAUUUGUCUGAUGUACAUCACGUAUGAUCCAAAUUAUAAUUACGAUGACGAUAUGAAUGAUGCAUCUGAUGGAGAAGGUGUAGUAAUGGAAGUAGAAGAAGAUGGAGAGGAAGACGCGGAAGACGAAUAUUCGGAUGACGACGAUAUGAGUUGGAAGGUUCGUAGAGCAGCCGCCAAGUGUUUAGAGGCUGUUGUGUCUAGCAGGCGGGAACUCCUUCCAGAUCUCUAUAAAGACGUUUCUCCGGCUUUGAUCUCAAGAUUUAAAGAAAGAGAAGAAAACGUGAAAUCGGAUAUAUUUCAUGCGUACAUUGCUCUUCUGAAACAAACUAGACCGGCCACCGGAGUACCGCUUGACCCCGACGCGAUGGAAGACGACGACGGUCCGAUAUCGUUACUCCAACAACAAGUCCCGCUAAUAGUGAAAGCAGUUCAUCGUCAGAUGAAAGAGAAAAGCAUUAAAACCAGACAAGAUUGUUUCUCGUUGUUGAAGGAGUUAGUACUCGUGUUGCCCGGUGCUUUGAACAAUCAUAUUCCCGCAUUGAUAUCCGGUAUUCAAUAUUCAUUGGGCGAUAAGAAUUCCUCGUCGAAUAUGAAAAUUGACACACUUGCCUUCGUUCAUACGUUACUAAUCACGCAUCAACCGGAAGUUUUCCAUGCUCACAUGGCGGUGUUAGCGCCUCCCAUUAUAGCUGCUGUCGGAGAUCCGUUUUAUAAGAUCACAGCGGAAGCGCUAUUGGUAUUGCAACAGCUUGUUCAAGUGAUCAGACCACACGACAAACCCUGCUAUUUCGAUUUGACAUCGCUGUCCGGUGAGAUAUAUCGGUGUACAUUGAUGAGACUAAGAACAGCGGAUAUCGAUCAGGAAGUGAAAGAGAGAGCGAUCGCUUGCAUGGGUCAAAUUCUCGCUCACUUCGGAGACAUCUUGUCCGACGAGUUACACGUUUGCCUUCCUAUAUUCCUGGAUAGACUUCGUAACGAGAUCACACGACUUACGACCGUCAAGGCCUUAACUUGUAUAGCAUCGUCACCUCUGAGAGUAGAUCUAAAGCCGAUUAUGGACGAGGCGAUUCCUAUACUUGGAUCUUUUCUCCGAAAAAAUCAACGAGCUUUAAAAUUGUGUUCCCUCCCACUUCUAGACACUCUGGUGCAAAAUUACAGCUCUGCCCUUCGCGUCGAUUUAUUGGAUAAGGUAACCACAGAGCUACCAGCAUUAUUAAACGAGACUGAUUUGCACAUUGCGCAAUUAACUCUUAAUCUUCUGACUGUUAUCGCAUUGCGACACCCCGUUGCACUGGCAAGGGUAUCGGAUUUUAUCCUACCGGAAAUAUUGGUGUUGGUGAAGUCUCCGCUCCUCCAAGGUGUGGCGUUGAGUUCGAUGCUGGAGUUCUUCCAAGCGCUAGUCCACGCGGACAUACCAGGCCUGGGAUACAGAGAAUUGCUUCCCAUGUUGAUAGCACCUGUAAACGAAUCUGGACUUCACAAGCAAGCUUACCAUUCCCUUGCCAAAUGCGCGGCCGCGUUGACAAUCACGUGGCACGAAGGGGUGCAGGCAGUGGUAGAGCAAUUUUUGAAAGACGUUCAGAACCCGCAAACCGACGCACAGCAUAUCUUCGCGCUAUUGGUUAUCGGUGAAAUAGGCAGACACGUGGAUCUGAGCGGAAUUGCUUCUCUGAAACACAUAAUUUUAAAUUCGUUUUCGUCCCACUCGGAAGAAGUGAAGUCGGCAGCCAGUUACACGCUAGGAAAUAUAGCAGUCGGGAAUCUUCCGGAAUAUCUGCCGUUUAUACUGAAAGAAAUAGAAGCACAACCAAAACGUCAAUAUCUACUUUUGCAUUCGUUGAAAGAGAUCAUCACGUGUCAAUCUGCUAGUCUCUAUGGCGUAACCCACUUGCAAAAGUUCGUGCCUUCGAUUUGGAUGUUGUUGUACAGGCAUUGCGAAUGCACGGAAGAAGGGACGCGUAACGUUGUCGCGGAAUGUCUAGGGAAGCUGACGUUGAUCGAUCGUGCCACCUUGUUACCGAAACUACAAGAAUCGUUAAAAUCGCCGUCUGCAUUUAUGAGAACCACCACAGUCACCGCUGUCAAGUUCACCAUUUCCGAUCAGCCCCAGCAGAUCGAUGCCAUGUUAAAGCAGUGCAUGGGAAAUUUCUUGGUAGCUUUAGAGGAUCCUGACCUGAACGUGAGGAGGGUAGCUUUGGUCGCGUUUAAUUCUGCGGCUCACAACAAACCGAUGUUAAUAAGAGAUUUAUUAGAUUCCGUACUGCCGCACCUCUACGCUGAAACCAAGAUAAAGAAAGAACUGAUCAGGGAAGUUGAAAUGGGUCCUUUCAAACACACGGUAGACGACGGUCUGGAUCUUAGAAAAGCUGCGUUCGAAUGCAUGUACACGUUACUGGAUUCUUGCCUCGAUCGGUUAGAUGUAUUCAAUUUCCUGAACCACGUUGAGAACGGCCUUAGAGAUCACUAUGACAUCAAGAUGUUGACCUACCUUAUGACGGCCAGACUCGCUCAAUUAUGUCCCACAGCAGUUUUGCAAAGGCUGGAGAGACUAGUCGAACCAUUGAAAAGUACUUGUACGAUGAAAGUAAAAGCAAAUUCAGUGAAGCAAGAAUACGAGAAGCAAGACGAAUUGAAGCGUUCGGCACUGAGGGCUGUGGCGGCGCUAUUAACGAUCCCAGACGCUGAUAAGAAUCCGUCGCUAUGCGAGUUCGUGACACAGAUCAAGGCAACCCCCGAGUUACAACCACUGUUCGAAAUCAUUCAGAAGGACUGCAGCGGAAGCAGUAUGAACGAAACCAACGCAAUGGAUCAGAGUUAAAAGUUUACGAUCUUACUUUUUGUAUUUCACAUUAGGCCGCUAUUAGCUAUGCAUGAUCGCGGUCGUAUUAUUCAUAGUUUAUUUCUAUACGUUAUUUUUUCAUUAUUGUCCUCGAAACCCGAAACGUAGUUUGAGAUGAAUGUGAUUUCAUGUAACACGCCAUGUAUAAAUAACGAAAAUAAAUUUGCCAAUUGUAAGCA